AUGGAAGACCUUUACCUUGGGGAUGCAAAAGGGCCGAAUACCAUCGCCCAUGACGUCGGCAUAUUCAGGACGAUCAUUCACAGCAAGAAUAUCCCCGCAACAGAGAAGAGUAUUCGGAGGCUUACUGACGACGCCAAAUUCUUGAUGAAAGCUGGCACGGAUGCCCCGUCCCAGGUCAUGGCUAUUACAAUGUUCCACGUUCUUCAAGAUAACACCAUAACCGAGAAACCAAAACUAGAACUCAAGGCCGCUAAUCCAAAUCCAAACAUUGGGCUUUCCUUGGAAACCCUGGAACAGCUUCCGUAUCUGUCGGCCAUCAUAAAAGAAGGCAUCCGUAUUUCUUCGAUUGUGAUUUCUCGUCUUCCGCGCAUUGCUGAAGAAUCUCUCAAAUAUCAGGGAUGGGAUAUCCCUCCUGGAUGA